GGCUGGUGGCGGCGGCGGCAGCGACAGCGGCGACCUGGGGAUCGCGCUGGAGGGACCCGGGGCGUGCAGGAGACCUCUUGCUCGAGCGCGAGGGACCUCCCGCCGGGAUGCCUGGGGAGCAGAUGGACCCGGCUGGAAGUCAGUUGGAUUCAGAUUUCUCUCAGCAAGACACUCCUUGCCUAAUAAUUGAAGAUUCCCAGCCUGAAAGCCAGGGUCUAGAAGAUGAUUCUGGUUCUCACUUCACGAUGCUCUCUCGCCACCUUCCUAAUCUGCAGGCACACAAAGAGAACCCCGUUUUGGAUAUUGUGUCCAAUCCUGAACAAACCACUGGAGAAGAGCAAGGAGGCAGUAAUAGUGGGUUCGGUGAACAUAUGAAAGAAAAAGCUGCAGAACCCAUGGAUUCUUCUCAUUUGGACACAUGUGGUUCCAUCAGUCAGGUGAUAGAACAGUUACCUCAGCAAAACAGGACAAGCAGUGUUCUGGGAAUGUCAGUGGACUCUGUUCCUGUGGUGGAAGAAAAGGAAGAAGAGACAGAAAAAGAGAAAGAUGAAAAGGAAGAAGAUAAUCUAGAUGAGAUGACACAUUCCCUUGGUGCUGAAGAUCCUGCUUCAUCACAGUUGGGCUUUGGUGUGUUGGAACUUUCCCAGAGCCAGGAUGUUGAAGAAAAUACUGUGCCAUACGAAAUAGAAAAAGAACACGUACAGUUAGCAACCACCAACUCUGUCUGUACUGGGCUAUCUGAUAUGGAUACUAAUACUGCAAUGAAGCUUGAAGAGCCGUCUAAUGAAGCUAUCCCCAUGGUAGAACAACUCAACAAGGAUAUUCCUUUGGUAGCACAUCCCAGUAAGGAUGUAAAUCUGGCAGAAGAGCAAAAUCUCCUACCUGCAAGGUCAGAGGAUAUACCUACUAGUCCCAAAGUAUCUCUUGCUGUGGAAGUGAAAGAACAGCUAUCUGCUCAAGAACUUCUGGAAAGUGGACUGCAGAUUCAGAAGUCACCAGAGCCUGGGGUUUUGUCUACUCAGGAAGACUUGUUUGACCAGAGUAGUAAAACAGGUACAAAGAAUGUAGCUUCUGAAGAUUGUGCUACACCUUCAAAGGAAGAAGACGUGUGUUCUCUGGCUUCCACUCCAGCCACUACUCUGCACCUUCUCCAGCUUUCUGGCCAACGGUCCAUUGUUCAAGAGAGUCUUUCUACGAAUUCUUCAGAUCUUGUUGCUCCUUCCCCUGAUGCUUUCCAAUCUACACCUUUUAUCGUCCCUAGCAGUCCUACAGAGCAAGAAGGGAGAAAAGAUGAUCUGAUGGAUAUGUCAGUGUUACCUGAAGAAGGAGGAGAGUCUUUUCAGAAGAAGUUUCCAGGAGUGGAGAUGGAAAAUCCUCCUCUUCCAGCUGAGCCCAUUUCACCACAAGCCUCAACACCAGUAUCUCAGAGCACGCCAAUCUUCACUCCUGGGUCACUUCCUAUCCCAACCCAACCUGAGUUUUCUCAUGACAUUUUCAUUCCGUCUCCAAGUUUAGAAGAACGAUCAAAUGAUGGGAAGAAAAGUGGGGAUUUGCAUACUUCCUCUUUGACUGUUGAGUGUUCUAAAACUUCAGAAAUUGAACCAAAGAAUUCCACUGAAGAUAUUGGGCUAUCUCUGACAGGGGAUUCUUGUAAAUUGAUGCUCUCUGCGAGUGAGUAUAGUCAGUCCCCAAAGAUGGAGAGCUUGAGCUCUCAUAGAAUUGAUGAAGAUGGAGAAAACACACAGAUUGAAGAUACAGAACCUAUGUCUCCUGUUCUUAAUUCUAAGCCUGUUCCUGCUGAAAAUAAUAAUAUAAUAAUGAAUCCAGUACAAGAUGAACAAAUAGAACUGAGUCAGAAUGAUGACAGAGCAAAGGGAGAUGACAUAGAAGCCAGAGAUGACAUAGAAACCAGAGAUGACAUUGAAACCAGAGAUGACAGCAUUUUAACCACUGAUUGCAAAGGCAGAGAAGAUAGUGUAGCAGAAGAUGUUUGUAUAGAUCUCACAUGUGAUUCGGGGAGUCAGGCAGUUCCUUCUCCAGCUACUCGAUCUGAAGCACUCUCUAGUGUGUUAGAUCAGGAAGAAGCUAUGGAAAUGAAAGACCCUCAUCCAGAGGAGGGGUCGACAGGAUCUGAUGUAGAAGAAAUCCCUGAGACCCCUUGUGAAAGUCAAGAAGAGGAGCCUAAAGAGGAAAAUAUGGAGAGUGACCCAUUGCAUCUUUCUCUUACUGAGACCCAGUCCCAAGGAUUGUGUCUUUCAAAGGAAAUUGCCAAACAAGAAUGCCAGGAAGCGAUGGAAGUUGAAACCAGUGUGAUUAGUAUUGACUCCCCUCCAAAACUCCCAGUACUUGACCAAGAAUUGGAACACAAGGAUCAGGAAGCUUGGGAAGAAGCCACUUCAGAGGACUCAAGUGUUGUCAUUGUAGAUGUGAAAGAACCAUCUCCAAGAGUUGAUGUUUCCUGUGAACCUUUAGAAGGAGUAGAGAAAUGCUCAGAUUCCCAGUCAUGGGAGGAUGAUGCUCCUGAAAUUGAACCAUGUGCUGAGAAUAGGUCUGAUACCCAAGAGGAGAAGAGUGCAGACAGUGAAAGAGAUUUGAAAUCAGUGACCGAAAAAAAGGAACUUAUUGAGGCAGACUCUCCACAGCCUCUCUUAACUGACAUGAAAGCAGAUGAUGCUCCGAGACCUAUUGAGGAGAUGCAGCAGAUUCAGCCUCAAGAUAAAAGAGUCUCCUUAAAAGAAGAUUCAAAAAUGGCUAACGCAAACCAGCUGGGCACAGGCGUAGAGGCCCAACAACUGGAGAAGGCUUCCGCUCAUGCCUCACAAAGCUUCUGUGAAAGCUCUAGUGAAACUCCAUUUCAUUUCACUUUACCUAAAGAAGGUGAUAUUAUUCCACCAUUGACGGGUGCAACUCCACCUCUUAUUGGGCACUUAAAAUUGGAGCCCAAGAGACACAGUACUCCUAUAGGUAUUAGCAAUUAUCCAGAAGGCACUGUAGCAACCAGUGAAGUGAUGUCUGAAAGCAUGGUGGAGACAAAUGAUCCCAUACUUGGGAAUGAAAAAGGAGAUUCUGGGACUACCCCAGAAACAGAUAAGUUGUGUCUAAGAAUGAAACUGGUUAGUCCUGAAACUGAGGCAAGUGAAGAAUCUUUGCAGUUUAGCCUGGAAAAGCCUACAAUUGGUGAAAGAAAAAGUGGAUCUGCUGCUGUUGCUGAGGCUGUUGCCAGUCCUCAGAAGACCAUGUCUGUGUUUAGCUGUGAAACUCAGCAAGAUGAUGAAAGUCAAAGUCAUGAUUCCCCCUCUGCACCCACCAGGGAGAAUUUGCUCCACUUCCCAAGUACUCAAGAAGAAAAGGAAAAAUUGGGAAGUGAUGAAAAGAACAGACAGUCUGUGAAGUCCAGUAGUCCUACUAGGCUUUCUACUUUUCCUGUCUCCCAGCAUAUGGUCACACAGGGCCCAUCCAGUCCUCAUGGGGAAGCAAUGGAGACAGGUGUCCCAGAAGGCCAGCAAGAAGGACAAAACAAUGAUCAGGAUAAACCUUUUAAGGCCUUGAUUGAAAGACCCAGUCAAAAUAACAUAGGAAUCCAGACAGUAGAGCAUUCCCUUUGGGUCCGAGAAACUGUUUCAGCAGCAACUCAGACUGUAAAGAAUGUUUGUGAACAAGGAACAAGUACGGUGGACCAGAACUCUGGAAAACAAGAUGCCACAGUUCAGACUGAGAAGGGGAGUGGUGAGAAACCAGUCAGUGCUCCUGGGGAUGAUACAGAGUCGCUACAUAGCCAGGGAGAAGAAGAGUUUGAAAUGCCUCAGCCCCCACAUGGCCAUGUCUUGCAUCGCCACAUGAGAACAAUUCGUGAAGUUCGCACACUUGUCACUCGUGUCAUCACAGAUGUGUAUUAUGUGGAUGGAACAGAAGUUGAAAGAAAAGUGACUGAGGAAACCGAAGAGCCAAUUGUAGAGUGUCAGGAGUGUGAAACUGAAGUUUCUCCUUCACAGACUGGGGGUUCCUCAGGCGAUCUGGGGGAUAUCAGCUCCUUCUCCUCCAAGGCCUCCAGCUUACACCGUACAUCAAGUGGGACAAGUCUCUCAGCCAUGCACAGCAGUGGCAGCUCAGGGCGAGGAGCCGGACCACUCAAAGGGAAAACCAGUGGGACAGAACCCGCAGAUUUUGCCUUGCCCAGUUCCCGAGGAGGCCCAGGAAAACUGAGUCCUAGAAAAGGGGUCAGUCAGACAGGGGCGCCAGUGUGUGAGGAGGAUGGUGAUGCAGGCCUUGGCAUCAGACAGGGAGGGAAGGCUCCAGUCACGCCUCGUGGGCGCGGGCGAAGGGGCCGCCCGCCUUCUCGGACCACUGGAACCAGAGAGACAGCUGUACCUGGCCCCUUGGGCAUAGAGGACAUUUCACCCAACAUGUCACCAGAUGAUAAAUCUUUCACCCGCAUUGUGCCCCGAGUGCCAGACCCCACCAAGCGAGCAGAUGUAGGUGCUGGUGCUUUGCGUCGGAGCGACUCUCCGGAGAUUCCUUUCCAGGCCACUGCUGGCCCUUCUGACGGCCUGGAUGCCUCCUCUCCAGGGAACAGCUUUGUAGGACUCCGUGUUGUCGCCAAAUGGUCAUCCAAUGGUUACUUUUACUCUGGAAAAAUCACACGAGAUGUGGGAGCUGGGAAGUAUAAAUUGCUCUUUGAUGAUGGGUACGAAUGUGAUGUGUUGGGCAAAGACAUUCUGCUGUGUGACCCCAUUCCACUGGAUACGGAAGUAACAGCCCUCUCAGAGGACGAAUAUUUCAGUGCAGGAGUGGUUAAAGGUCAUAGGAAGGAGUCUGGAGAGCUGUAUUACAGCAUUGAAAAAGAAGGACAAAGGAAGUGGUAUAAGCGAAUGGCUGUCAUCCUGUCUCUGGAGCAAGGGAACAGACUGAGAGAGCAAUAUGGUCUUGGCCCGUAUGAAGCAGUAACACCCCUCACCAAGGCGGCAGAUAUCAGCUUAGACAAUUUGGUAGAAGGAAAGAGGAAACGGCGCAGCAACAUCAGCUCCCCGGCUACCCCGGCUUCUAGCAGUAGCAGCACAACCCCUACUCGUAAGGUCACAGAAAGCCCUCGAGCCUCUGUGGGAGUUCCUUCAGGCAAAAGAAAACUUAUCACUUCUGAAGAGGAACGGUCCCCUGCCAAGCGAGGCCGGAAGUCUGCUACUGUGAAACCUGGUGCAGUGGGGGCAGGAGAGUUUGUGAGCCCCUGUGAGAGUGGAGACAACAUGGGUGAAACAUCUGCCCUGGAAGAGCAGAGAGGGCCUUUGCCUCUCAACAAAACCUUGUUUCUGGGCUAUGCAUUUCUCCUCACCAUGGCUACAACCAGUGAUAAGUUGACCAGCCGUUCCAAACUGCCAGAUGGUCCUACAGGAAGCAGUGAAGAAGAGGAGGAAAUUUUAGAAAUUCCUCCAUUCAACAAGCAGUACACUGAAUCCCAGCUUCGAGCAGGAGCUGGCUAUAUUCUUGAAGACUUCAAUGAAGCCCAGUGCAACACGGCCUACCAAUGUCUCCUAAUUGCGGAUCAGCACUGUCGUACCCGGAAGUACUUCCUGUGCCUUGCCAGUGGGAUUCCUUGUGUCUCUCAUGUCUGGGUCCAUGACAGUUGCCAUGCCAACCAACUCCAGAAUUACCGGAAUUACCUGCUGCCAGCUGGGUACAGCCUUGAGGAACAAAGAAUUCUGGAUUGGCAACCCCGCGAAAACCCUUUCCAGAAUCUGAAGGUACUCUUGGUAUCAGACCAACAGCAGAACUUCCUGGAGCUCUGGUCUGAGAUUCUCAUGACUGGGGGGGCAGCCUCUGUGAAGCAGCACCAUUCAAGUGCCCAUAACAAAGAUAUUGCUUUAGGCGUGUUUGAUGUGGUGGUGACGGACCCUUCAUGCCCGGCCUCGGUGCUGAAGUGUGCUGAAGCAUUGCAGCUGCCUGUGGUGUCACAGGAAUGGGUCAUCCAGUGCCUCAUUGUUGGGGAGAGAAUUGGAUUUAAGCAGCAUCCAAAAUACAAACAUGAUUAUGUUUCUCACUAAGAAUACUUGGUCUUACUGGUUUUAUUCCCUGCUGUUGUGGAAAUUGUGUUUUAACCAGGUUUUAAAUGUGUCUUUGUGUGUAAUUGGAUUCUUUGCAUGGAUCUUGUAUAUAGUUUUAUUUGCCGGACUUUUAUGAUAAAAUAAAUGUUGAAUCUCUUUGGUUGUAGUAA